UUGGUGGUAGGGGCCUGGAGUGAGGUCCGUGUGGUGCCUUCAGUGUAGCUCGUGUCAUCGAGGGAUGUGUGUGCGACGAGGGGCCGGCGAAAUGGGCUAAGCAUGCCGAAGGCAUUUAUCGUCUUGGCGGCCUUCCUGGGCACAGGGGCAGCACUCCUGGGGCCCGGAUCCACCCCCGUCUCCAUUUGCGAACUGCCGGUCUGUUCGUGCAUCGGAACCAAGCUAGAAUGCCGUUGCGACCCGAGGAUCCAGAACUUGGCACUGAGGUCCGGCGGUCACGACCACCUUCCUCCUUCGUUGAGCUCUAUCGCUGUUUCGUCCUGUGCGAAGGUGAUAGUGAGUUCUAAAGCGAUCGAAUUGCUCCAAGCUCUCAGGACUGUCACGUUCCAGAACAUCGACCACAUAGAACUCCACGAGCAGGCGUUUUCCUGGAACACUACGAAAGUGCUCGAUUCGUACCCGUACCCGGGGAUAGACAUUCACGUAUACAAUUCCACCAUUCCGACUAUCCCGUCGGACGCGUUCAGAGGCCAUUUAAACUCCGUUUCUUUCGAGAACACGCGGAUUGUUCACAUACGCGCCCUGGCUUUUUCGAACAUAGCCGGCAUGGAGAAGUUAGAGUUCAUCAACAGCGACAUCGGAACAGUGGAACCGCAAGCUUUCAAGAAAUUCAUAUUAGACUCUUUUAUAAUCAGAGGAGGGGAGUUCGACUCGCUUCCAAGUUAUUCCAUCAGCCUAACAGUCAAGAAAAAUUUAAAGCUUUCACACGUCUAUUUCGACUACGUGAAAAGCAGUGCGUUUCGAGUCGAAGGGCCCUCGACUUUCAGAAUAGAAGGAACCAUAAUAGGUCACCUCGAAGGCGACGCUUUUAAAAUUGUUACGCGAGGGCCGGUUUUCAUUGACGACAACGUUUUCAAAAAUGUGGCGAACGGUGCAUUUGCCGGUGUCACCCUUGAUCCAAGGGUCCAGUCUUAUUCUGGAAGGCAAGAGCUCAUUUUCGAAAAUAACACGUUAUUUAAAUUUGAAGAUUACGCACUUAUUUUCAACACUUCCGGUCUCAAGCCAAAAAUCGACAGAUUGACUUUAGACCAGAAGUGUUCAUGCAUCGACAUCAAAACUUGGUCGACGAGGCUCAUCAAGUACACAGCUAACCCGGUGCCAGCGGAUUUGAAUAAACUGAUAUGGUGUUCAACGAGCAAGGAUAUCUUUUCCGUAGCAUCGGAUUAUGAAAGAGUACACUGCACCUCAAACUCCACGAAAGUCUACUGGGUUAUAUCACUUCUUAUAGUAACCCUGCUGGCGUUGAUCCUAAUAUGCUCAAUAGGGUUCUGGCUUUUUAGAAGACACGCCAAAAGAUACAUGAACGUCCCGACGAACGACGUUAUAAACAAUCGUCUUUCUGUACAUUCAACGCACAGCAACCACAUUAUCGUCAUACCGGAAGGGAAGACUUACAGAGAAACCGAACUACAUAUCAUCGAGGAGAGGCUUGAACCUAUAAAAGAAUAUGUACCACCACAGUCCGUUUCUCAGCCGAUCUAACCCACUCCCAUCUAGUCUUCAAAUGCGUAUUAAAAUGACAGCGAAUGUACAUAACUCGGGACUCAGGGAUAUAUUUUCUUUUAACGUAAUUGAAUUAUUUCAACGUAUUUUUUUCGCUUGUUAUUUAUGCUGAAAUUGAAUUCAACUGUAUAUAUUAUGUGAAAAGCAUGACAAGCGUAACAAAUUCCUUUCGCAAUGAUAGGAGACUUGAAUACUAGUCACAAAAUUAAAUGUGAUAAAAAGGGUUGUAAAUAGGAAAACCCUUAAUCUAUGUGAAAAUGUUAUUCCGUAACUAAUCGGGCAUAAGAAGAAUUGUACACAAAUAAACAAUCACACAUACAUAGAAAUUAUUUCAUAUUCUCAUUAGUUUGAAAUAAGUUGUUUGUAUUCUUUAUGAAAAUUGGUGUAUUUAUUCACGCCGAAGGUGGUUUUCACAUUUCGUGUUAUAAAUGUAUUGCAGCUAGAACCAAUAAAUAAAUACGAUACCAACACAAAAUCUCUGUUGUGAGAGAAUAUUUUGUUUUGUAAUACACAAGGUGGAUUAAGAGAUUUAAGUGAGCACAUAAGGGACCAUCAUGUUUCAUUCCAGAGUGACUUUAAUUUUAAACUGUCUAUGGAUUGUCGAAAAUUUCCAAAGGGAAUUGGAUACCAAAGUACUUGUAGAACAAAAUAUUAAUGGCCUACAUUAUUAUGAUAAAAUCCUUUUUUUUUUCCUUUAAUGAUAAACUUUUUUUUUCUAAGUGAUGUAGAUUUUCAUGUAAAUAGGUACAGAAGAGUAAUAAAAUGUUUAAAUUUAAACUUUA